AUGGGCGAUAUUCCUAUUGAUUUCACCGAGUUGGCGCAAUUGACCCUGUUGGGUAUCUCGCCCUCGUCUUUGGACUUCAAAUCCACCACGAUUGAGUCGGACCACUAUGUGUGUUGCCGUGAACAGGGCCCCCAGGGGAAUACGGUUGCCAUUGUUGAUCUCACGAACAACAACGAAGUCACGAGAAAGAACAUGACUGCCGACAAUGCAAUCAUGCAUCCAACCGAAAACGUGAUCAGUUUAAGAGCCAACGGCACGACUUUGCAAGUGUUCAACUUGGGCACGAAGCAAAGAUUGAAGGCGCACACCAUGAGUGAAGCGGUGAUAUUCUGGAAAUGGCUCGAUAACCAGCACUUGGGCUUGGUCACCCAGUCGUCGUUGUUCUUCUGGAAUGUCUUUGACGGCACCAACAACGGGCCGGAGAAGUUGGCAGAGAGGCACCACACGUUAAACAAUGCGCAAAUCAUCAAUUUCGUGGCUGAGCCCGAUUUGAACUGGUUCGCGGUGACCGGUAUUGCUCAGGAAGAUGGCAGGAUUGCCGGCCACAUCCAGUUGUACUCCAAAUCAAGAAACGUGUCGCAGGCAAUCGAGGGCCAUGUGUGUAAGUUUGCCUCGCUCACUUUAAGUGGAGCCUCGCAGCCAACCAAGGUGUUUUGCGUUGGUAACAAGAAUGUUCAGGGCCAAGGUAACAUGCACAUUAUCGAGAUUGACCACGUGAAUGGCAACCCUGUUUUCCAAAAGAAGGUUGUUGACAUUUUCUUCCCACCAGAUGCAUCAAAUGAUUUCCCCAUAAGUUUGCAAGCUUCAAACAAGUAUGGUAUUAUUUACAUCUUGACCAAGUAUGGGUUCAUUCAUUUAUACGACAUGGAGACGGGUUCGAAUUUGUUUGUAAACAGAAUCACCGCUGACCCCGUGUUCACGGCGACUAGCUACAACGAUGGCACGGGUAUUUUGACCGUCAACAAACUGGGACAAGUCUUGAGCGUUGAAGUGAGCAGAGAUAAAAUUGUUCCAUACGUUUUGGAGAAACUAGCUAACGUGCCCUUGGCGUUGGCAUUGUCAUCGCGUGGUGGAUUCCCAGGGGCAGAGAAUUUGUUUAGCCAACAAUUCCAAACUUAUUUGAGCCAAGGCGAUUACACCAAUGCCGCCAAGGUUGCUGCCUCAUCGGAUCAAUUGAGAACUCAAGACACCAUCAACAAAUUGAAAAACAUUACACCACAACCGGGCCAGAUCUCACCCAUCUUGCAGUAUUUUUCAACCUUGUUGGACAGAGGCACCUUGAACAAGUUUGAGUCGAUUGAAUUGGCCAAACCCGUUUUGCAACAGGACCGUAAACCUUUGUUUGAAAAAUGGUUAAAGGAAGACAAGUUGACCUCUUCGGAAGAGUUGGGUGACAUUGUCAAAUCCUAUGGGGACACCGCUUUGGCUUUGGCAGUUUACCUCAGGGCCAACGUCAACAUAAAAGUGGUGUCGUCGUUGGCGGAAUUGGGUCAAUUUGACAAGAUUAUCCCUUAUUGCGAAAAAGUUGGUUAUAACCCGAACUAUACAAACUUGAUUCAGAAUUUGGUUAGAGUCAAUCCAGACAAGGCAAGCGAAUUUGCCACUUCCUUAUUAGCAAGUCCCGAUUCGCAAAUCAACGUUGAGCAAAUUGCUGAUUUGUUCUUUUCUCAGAAUUACGUUCAACAAGGAACUGCGUUCCUCUUGGAUGCAUUGAAAAACGACCAACCUUCUGAAGGACAUUUGCAAACCAAAGUGUUGGAGAUUAAUUUAUUGCACGCGCCACAAGUCGCUGAUGCAAUCUUGGGCAAUCAAAUGUUUAGCCAUUAUGACAACCCCACCAUUGGCAAAUUGUGUGAAAAAUCGGGAUUGUUCCAAAGAGCAUUGGAGCACUACAAUGACUUGAAGGAUAUCAAGAGAGUCAUUGUCCACACCAACGUGUUGCCAAGCGAUUGGCUUGUGUCAUACUUUGGCCAAUUAAAUGUCGACCAAUCCAUUGCCUGUCUCAAGGAAUUGCUCAGCCACAACAUGGCCCAAAACUUGCAAGUCAUCAUCCAAGUGGCUACCAAAUACUCUGACUUGAUUGGUGCUAUGAAAUUGAUCAAGUUGUUUGAAGAGUAUAAAUGCAACGAAGGAUUGUAUUACUACUUGAGCUCGAUUGUCAAUUUGACGCAGGACCCCGAUGUUGUCUUUAAGUACAUCCAGUCUGCGGCCAAGAUGGGCCAAACCAAGGAAAUCGAAAGAGUUGUUCGUGACAAUAACGUCUACAAUGGUGAAAAAGUCAAGAAUUUCUUGAAGGAGGCCAAAUUGGACGAUCAAUUGCCAUUGGUUAUCGUUUGCGACAGGUUUAAUUUCGUUCACGAUUUGAUCCUCUACUUGUACAAGAACCAAUAUUUCAAAUUCAUUGAAGUAUACGUGCAAUCGGUCAACCCUUCCAACACUCCGCAAGUCAUUGCUGGUUUGUUAGACGUUGACUGUGACGAAAGUGUCAUGAAGAACUUGUUGAUGUCGGUCUUGGGCCGCGUUCCAAUCAAACCUUUGGUUGAAGAAGUUGAAAAGAGAAACAGAUUGAAAAUCUUGCUUCCAUACUUGGAAAAAACCUUGGAAGGAGGAUCCAACGACCAAGAAGUGUUUAACACUUUGGCGAAAAUCUACAUUGACUCCAACAACUCCCCUGAAAAGUUUUUGCAAGAAAACACUCAAUACGACACUUUGGUGGUUGGUAAGUACUGUGAAAAGAGGGACCCAUAUUUGGCAUACAUUGCAUACUCCAAGGGCGGCAACGAUGAUGAGUUGAUCAACAUCACCAACGAGAACAAGAUGUACAAAUACCAGGCCAGGUACUUGUUGCAAAAAUCCAGCCCUGAAUUGUGGAAUAAAGUCCUUGAUUCCGAGAAUAUCCACAGAAGACAGUUGGUUGACCAGGUCAUCUCGACUGGUAUUCCAGAAUUGGACGAUCCAGAGCCAAUUUCAAUCACAGUCAAGGCAUUCAUGGAGAAUGACUUGCCCGAAGAGUUGAUGGAAUUGUUGGAAAAGAUUAUCUUGGAACCAUCUCCAUUCAGCGAAAAUGCCUCUUUGCAAGGAUUGAUGAUCUUGACUGCAAUCAAAGCCGACUCUUCUAAAGUUUCAAACUACAUUGAGAAAUUGGACAAGUUUGAUCCUAACGAAAUUGCCCCCUUAUGUAUCGACAAUGGCUUACUUGAAGAGGCCUUUGAAGUUUACGACAAGUUUGAACUUCGAUCCGAGGCAAUGAAAGUGUUGGUGGAAGACAUUGUUUCUCUUGAUAGAGCCGAGCAAUAUGCUGAGAAAUAUGACACUUCAGAGUUGUGGUAUCAAUUGGGUACUGCGCAAUUGGAUGGCUUGCGUAUCCCCGAGGCUAUCGAGUCAUAUGUGAAAUCCAAGAACCCAGAAAACUUUGAACAAGUGAUUGAUAUUGCCGAGCACGCGGGCAAGGAGGAAGAGUUGAUUCCAUUCUUGGAAAUGGCCAGAGAAACUUUGAGAGAGCCCGUUAUUGACGGUGCGUUUAUCAACGCGUACGCCACUUUGGACAAACUCGGCGACAUGGAGAAAUUCGUUGCUGGCUCCAACGUUGCUGAUUUGGAAACCAUUGGUGACAAGUUGUUUGAAGCUAAAAACUAUAAAGGUGCCAAGAUUUUGUACUCCAACGUUUCCAAGUACUCCAAAUUGGCAACCACAUUGGUCUACUUGGGCGAUUACCAAGCCGCGGUCGACUGCGCGAGGAAAGCUUCAAACACCGAAGUGUGGAAGCAGGUCAACAAUGCAUGUAUCGAAAACAAAGAAUUUAGAUUGGCUCAAAUUUGUGGUUUGAACUUGAUCAUCGAUGCCGAAGAGUUGCCCGAGUUGGUCAGGCUUUACGAGUACAACGGUUACUUUAAUGAAUUGAUUUCCUUAUUCGAGAGUGGGUUGGGAUUGGAAAGAGCCCACAUGGGUAUGUUCACCACCUUGGCCAUCUUGUAUGCCAAGUACGCUCCACAAAAUGUGAUGGAGCAUUUGAAAUUGUUCUGGUCCAGAAUCAACAUUCCAAAAGUGUUGACUGCUUGUGAAGAGGCUCAUUUGUACCCAGAAUUGAUCUUUUUGUACUGCCACUACGAAGAAUGGGACAAUGCUGCAUUGACCAUGAUUGAGAAAUCCGAAGUUGCAUUUGACCACUCUUCGUUUAAGGAAAUCAUUGUUAAAGCUCCAAACUUGGAAAUCUACUAUAAGGCAAUUCAAUUUUACAUCAACGAGAACCCAUCGUUGUUGGUUGACUUGUUGUCAGUGUUGACUCCCAAAUUGGACUUGCCUAGAGUUGUAAGAAUGUUUAUCAAGAGCGAUAACCUUCCCAUGAUUAAACCAUUUUUGAUCUCGGUCUUGGACAAGAACAACAGUGUGGUCAAUUCUGCAUACCACGACUUGCUUAUCGAAGAAGAAGACUACAAGUCACUCAGGUCCUCGAUUGAAAAUGAGUCCAACAAUAGAUUCAACAAGUUGGAUCUUGCCGAGAGGUUAGAGAAGCACGACUCGAUUUUCUUUAGACAAAUCGCGGCCACCUUGUACGCCAAGGAGAAGAAAUACAACAAGGCAAUUUCCAUCCUCAAGACCGACAAACUAUGGGCGGACUUGUUGAGGGUGGUUGCCAUUUCCAAAUCCACCAAGAUUACCCACGAAGUACUCGACUACUUUGUCGAGACAGGUAACUAUGAAUGUUUUGUUGCUUUGCUUUACACCUCGUACGAGUACAUUGCCAACGACUAUGUGUUGGAGUUGUCAUGGUUGCACAAUUUGGCCAACUUUAUCAAACCUUACGAGAUCUCCAUCGUGUAUGAGAAUCAAAAGAAAUUGAACGAAGUUUACGGUGACUUGAAAAAGAGACAGGAAAGAGAAAAUGGAGAUGCCGAAGAUGGAAGCGGCGCUGCUGCCAAGACGCCAUUGAUGCUCACGAAUGGACCCUUGGGAUUCCAAAGCACGGGUUUCCAGUCUGCUACCAGUAGCUUGGGAUUCCAGCCUACCGGUGCAGGAUUUGGAAAUUCCUUUUAA